AGCUAACCUAACCCGUUCAAUGAAGUCAGUAGUCAGCCCGUUCGAAGACAUAACCUAUCAAAAAACGGAGAACUGGUUCCCGCAGAUUCGCGAUUCGCUCUGUCUAAUUAUUGCUGUAGUAUUCAGCAAGAGGUAGAAGUAUUGAGACCAAACCGACAUAAUAGAGGUACUGAGAAUGAGCCGUUACGUCGAUCUUGCUAAAGUUACAACAAAUUAUGCAAAUCGCAUGAAUCGUCUGAGCAACAAAAUAUUUGGAGAAGUGGUCCGAACUACAAAUGCACCGUCAAUGAAGGUCGUUAAGUUGUUCAGUGCAAAGCCUAUGAAUAAACGGCAAGAGGUCGUCGAUUGGUAUCCAAGGCAUCCCGAAAUUGGAAAAUUAAUGAUGAGACUUCGCGAGUAUGGUCUAUUCAGAGAUGAACACGAGGACUUUAAAGAUGAGAUGAAACGUUUGAGAGUUCUACGUGGCAAAGGCAAGCCUGAGAAGGGAGAGAGCAAGAAAAUAACAUUGUAAGAGUGGAUAAUUACUCUACUUGUAUGGUCUGGAAAUAUUUUGAAAUCUAAUAGUAGCAUAAAGUUUUUAUAAACUGUCUGUGGAAAAAGAUAAUGGUAAGAUGUUGUCAACAUUUUGAUGCCGUGGAUACAUAAUUAUUUUCACCGGUAAAACAUUGUUAAAUAAUCAAAAAAUAAAAUAGACUACAGCCACAAGAUAAA